AAACCGGCGAAAGAAUCAGCCCUUCCGACCACUCUUCCCUCGCCACCCGCCCUGACGACGACCUCUCUCUCUCUCUCGCUCUCAACCCGAAAGGCCAUCAUCAAUAACCAACCCCAAUUCCCAUUCUGCUCUACAGUCAACCCUGCAAUGAGUUAAUCCACCCUUCAAUCUCUUCUUCUUCUUCUUCUUCUUGCGCACUUGAGAGAUGGUGCCGCAAAUGCGAUUCUUCAUCUUCCUCUUUGCCUUCGUCUUCUCGAUUAUAACCCCGGGUGGUGGUGGGCUGAGCUACACAAAUGCGACCGAGAAGGAAGCAUUAAGAAAUAUUCAGAAACGAUGGAGAAUAACUACCUGGGAGAAGUUACUGUCGAUUGAUCCCUGCGACCGCCUUAAACCGUGGAGGCGAGACGGUGAGAAUGCCUGGAUCAACUGCAGCUGCGAACCAAACAACAGCUGCAGCAUCAUCGAAUUGAAGGUUUUUGAAAUGAAUGUCUCUGGUACGAUUCCGGAUGCCCUCUUCAAUCUGACCAAUCUUGUCAACCUGAACUUGAGUCGCAACAUUUUGAAUGGUUCAAUCCCCGAAGACAUUCACAAACUCAAACGCUUACGUAUCUUGAGCUUGGACAAAAAUCAAUUUUCGGGUAAUAUUACUCCAAGUAUUGGCAACCUGACUAAUUUGACUUAUCUAAGUUUGGGUACAAACAGAUUCUCUGGGAGCAUUCCCAGUACAGUUGGGAGCCUUACCUUGCUGGAGCAAUUGUACAUUGACAGCAGUGGGUUGAGUGGACCACUUCCCAGUGACUUGGCAAAUAUGACAAGUCUUAAGACGCUAUGGGCUUUUGAUAAUGACUUCACUGGAAAUUUGCCAGAGUCCAUUGGACAGCUUACUAAUCUCACAGAUCUACAGAUAUAUGGGACAUUCCUUGAAGGACCUAUCCCCAAAAAGCUCUCAGCACUAACAAAGCUGGAAACUCUAAAACUUGGUGAUCUAUCAGGUGCAGAUUCUAAUUUAUCAUUCUUAGAGAAUAUGAAAAGCUUGUUCACUCUUUCUUUGAGAAACUGUCAAGUUGCUGAUGAAAUUCCCCCUUUUCUUGCAAACUUCUCCAACCUAACUUACCUGGACUUAAGUUUCAACAAAUUGCAUGGUUCUAUUCCAAACUUAUUUGGAAAGCUUGCUACCUUACGAUAUCUGUUUCUGGGGAACAACGCGCUAAGUGAUUUAUUUCCUAGUGAAGUUUUAACUGAAAAUAAACAUCUGACUACAGUAGAUGUUUCCUUCAACAAUAUCUCUGGAUCUUUUAGUAGCAGUGAUUUAAGGGAAGAGUUAUCAAUGAAUUACAUUGGAACUUCAAUGAACAAACAAAGUGAUAGCCAACCUUUUCUGAAAUGCAUUGAAAUGGAAUCAAGUCCAUGCAGUAGCAACUAUCGCUCUGCUGUGGGUUCAUUUUCUGUUAAUUGCGGUGGGAAAGAGUUGUCUUUGUCAGGAAUUGAUUUCUUUAGUGACACUACACCUCUAGGAAUGGCAGACUUUUACAUUAGCAGUAACCAUCGAUGGGCUGUGAGCAGUAGUCAAUCUUUCAUUUCAAAGUCCAAUGGUUCCAAUUUUAUAGUGAACACAGAUGAACCCAUGCCAAAGUUAUAUCAAACAGCACGAAUUUCAACAAGGUCCUUGAGAUAUUAUGUGGUUGGUUUGCAAAAUGGAACUUACAAGGUGGAACUCCUCUUUGCUGAGAUUGUCAUGGAUGAUACACCAUCUUGGACUGGUCUAGGAAGGCGGAUAUUUAACAUUUAUAUUCAGAAUCAAUUAGUUGAACAAGAUUUUAAUAUAAUUGCGGAGGCAAAAGGAUCUAAAAAACCUUAUAAUAAGACCUACAAAAUCACUGUUGCCAACAACAUAUUGGAUAUACAUUUGCUCUGGUCUGGAAGAGGAACUUGUUGCAUACCAGCCGAAGGAACUUAUGGGCCAUUGGUGUCUGCAAUAAAUGUUACCCGAGAAGAUCAUUUCACACCGUCACCAACAUCAUCAAGCAACAAUGAGAGAAGGGCUGGAAUUAUUGUAGGAAUUGCAGCAGGCUGUGCAGCUGCUGUGAUAAUACUGUCAUCAAUUGUUUAUCUGUGGUGGAAACGAAUUGAUUUGGACCAUGUUCAAGAUGUCCAUAAUGGAAGAGAAUAAAGAGGGUUUCAUUCAUCUCCAUUUCUGUUGAGUACUUGGGAGCUUUUGCACUGGUGGCUUUGGCUAUUGAUGCUGAUGGCCAUUUGAAGAAUUGGGUAUCUCAACAUCUAGCAAAUGGCAGCAUGAACAUAAACAGCUUCUCUUAUACUGAGAGUCUUAGGACAAACUCAUUGAUCUUUUAACCCUCCUGAUUCUGUAUCUAGAGUUGGUCCUAAUAUUCCUCACUCAGGAAUGCAAAUGGUUGAUGAGACAUAAAAGUAAAUGUUGUCAUGAGCAAUAGCUAAAGACAAGGUCAACAAAGAAGUGUUGGAAGAUCUCAGAUGGCAGCUGGGGAUAUCAGGUGAGGUAAAUGGGCAUUCCACUGGCAACUACUAGGUAAGAGUCCAUGGGAGGUUCCAUUCUGUCACUCAAAGCAGAUACAUGCAGAAAACAUGACUUAGUUCUCUACAGGAGACACCUCUGUAUCUGAAAAGAUGUUUGAUGCUUUGGUCCUACGUCAUGAGCAGAUGCAAAAAUUAGGUCUUCUCUGCUCUUCUAUAUAGCAAACAAUGCAGAUGAGCUUGAUAAGCAGUGAGGAAAAAGAAGCAAAGAUUAUAUUGCAGUAAGUGUAUGGGUAGCAUGUUAAGAGUGCUGGUUCUGAAAGAUUGUGGCAUUUCAUAUU